CGGAGACAGAGGGAGCCGGAGGUGCGACGUGGAAAGGCAGAGCUGCUCUCGGGCUUCAGAGACACAAUGUCCAAAUGAAAUCUUCCCACGAGAUGAGCAGAGGAGACGAUGAGCAUCUGUCCGGAGGGUCCAGCGGUGGAAUGCUGGGAAUCGAGAAACCUCACUGCCGCUCACCUUAACGGGACAGCCGCCGCCGCCGCCGCCGCCGCCAUGGACGGAGGACUGGCUAUUACUUUAAUAUCAGUUGCGAUGUUUGUGGGCUCUUUUCUACUCGGAUUCAUCCCGCUGUUGUUCAGACUCUCUGAAAAAAGCCUGCAGUUUGUCUCCAUCCUCGGAGCAGGUCUGCUGUGUGGGACGGCGCUGGCCAUCACCAUCCCUGAGGGCGUAGGGUUACUGGAGGAAUCCUGGACAGCUUCCUCGGAUGUGCCAUCAGGUCUGAACGCCAGCGCCCGAGAUGGAGCUGGAGCUUCAGCGGAGGCAGGCCCCCCGCCUCGCUUCUUCAUCGGCUUGGCCUUGACGUUCGGCUUCGCCUUCAUGUUCGUCGUGGAUCAAAUCGGAAGCUACUUCUCCACGCGUGGCCACAUUAGUUUUUCGAACAGCGUCCCGUUCACAGCCACGCUGGGACUGGUCAUCCACGCCGCAGCUGAUGGAUUUGCUCUGGGAGCCGCCGUGGCCACGGGUCAGGUGACCGUACAGGUCAUAGUCUUUCUUGCUGUGAUUCUACAUAAGGCUCCUGCGGCUUUUGGCUUGGUGUCUUUCCUGAUGCACGCGGGCCUUGAAAAAAAGUACGUCCAGGGACACUUGUUGGCCUUCUCCGCCGCGGCGCCUGUGGUCGCCAUCGCCACUUACUUCAUACUGCGAGCGUCCGGCGGUUCGUCCCAGAGCCAGCUCACCGCCACCGGCGUGGGGAUGCUCUUCUCGGCCGGCACGUUCCUCUACGUGGCCACGGUGCACGUUCUCCCCGAGAUCAGCCACGGCAGGACCGACCGGGACCGGUCCCAGUCCCAAUCCUCCCAGUUCCAGUUGGACCUGCAGCAGAACCCCGGAGUCCACACACACGGCCAGCGGUACAUGGGCCUGCUGGAGAGCUUCACCCUCAUCCUCGGCGUGGGACUCCCAGUGCUGCUGGCUCUUGGCCUGCGUGACGACUAGAAGAGUUCAAAGGUCAAAGUGCGUGGUGCACCACACCUUGACGGUUGCCUUUUUCACACUACACUGUGCGUCUUAAAUGUUUUCAGUGAAAUCCUCAUUUAGUACGAGCUACUGUUUCUGUCGUCCAGGCAGCGUAUUGUUCUUCGAGGGUUGAGGGGUUUUCCAGGACAACAGUAUCAUUUACUCUCAUUGUGUUGGUGUCGUACCUUGUUCCAAGUGAAACUCCAGUCACUGGGUAGAGCCAAACAAACGGAACACUUGAUACUGUCUGUUACCAAAGCCGGAAGAGAAUAGAAAUAUUUUAUUAAUCUCAGAAGGAAUGUCUUAAGACAUGAACUUGCACACUUUUAACAAAGUCUUUUGUACCUUUACAAAGCAACAAAUCGUUUUAUUUAUGUGAACAAUAGUAUAGGGUACCAAGACAAGAAGUGGGAUUUUAUGUGAGGAGGUGUUUCUGUGUUGUAGUUUGAAAUAAUGUUCUCCAGCCUGGUGUUUGGGACCCCCCAGUUCCAAAUACCACAGAGGAGCCCGAGGCUUUGUCAGCUCUGAGGUUCUCAAAACUAGAUUUGCACAUAUCAAAGAAAAACUCUGGAAGACACUUUCUAGAAUCCAGUGAUCUGAGAAGCUGAGCAGUGCGAAUCCUGCACGCUUCUGUCUGAUCGGUGAAGAUCUGCCAGGUGGUACGGUUCAUCCUGUACACCUGCUCAUCAAGUGCUGUGGUUUUAUUGUCUUUAAUAAAUGACUACUGCCUGUUUAGGAUAUGCAGGCCAUGAAAUCUGUGAAAUAAAAAAAAAACUAUCUUGGCUUAAAAUGUCUUGUUUAUUUAGUUUUCUACAUUGCACAACAGCUACAUAGCAAUACAACUAUUUGUUGCAUUUAUGCAGGUGUUUUCCAGGUGUUUCUAUUUUCUAAAGCAUGGGGAAAAACAUUUUUGUCUCGAAUCACUCAGCAUAAAGUGGGUUCAGUCAAAUUAUACCUGAUAACAGAGUCUAUGUAAGAAACUGGAUUAAUGCACAGUAAUAAUUCCUAUUCAGUGAAUCUGGAGGAACUGUACUGGAUGUUAAUUAUUCAUUUACAAAGUUUCAAGGUAGAAAGUAGCUAUUUUCUGGACUGUGUGUUUGUGCAGCUGGCAAAAUAACUUUGGAAUAAAG